GUUUCGACUUUUUCUCUCUGUUUUGUAACUGCAAUUCAUGUACAACAACAUCAAUGGAGAGUGGAGUCAGUAGUAAGAAAACAUCACCUCCAUCUUCGCAGCAAUUCAUUUCUGUUACCACCCCUCUGCUUCAUUUGGAAAAGGAAACUGGGGAAUCAAGCACAGGAGUGUUUCACGAGAGGGAGAUAGAGGAUGCUGAGAAAUAUGAAUCGGAAGUUGAUGACUCUCCCAUUGAGCAAGUGAGGCUAACAGUUCCAAUCACUGAUGACCCUACUCAGCCAGCACUAACAUUUAGGACAUGGAUUCUGGGGUUGGCAUCAUGUGUGCUUCUUGCCUUUGUGAGUUAGG